AUGGAGCUGAAAGAUCGAGGACACAUGGUGAAGCUGAUGGAUCGAUGGGUUGAGGGACAGUCCUGGACCCAGAGGACUGAGGUGAAGCCUAGGGAUCUGAGGACCAAGAAAAAGAUGUUUGCUCAGUUGUUUCACAAAAUAAGAAUAUUCAUCAUGAAGAUUGUGCAGCUUCACAUCUAUCUGUUGAUGUGGUCUCAAGUCACAGAGAGUCUAACAAACAUAGCAGUAACUUUAGGAGCUGAUGUGAAUAUAAGCUGUGAUCUUGAUAUAGAGGAGAUUUACUGGUACAAACACAAAUCACCAGAUCCUCCAGUGUUGAUCUUACGCACUUUUGAUAGCACAUAUGAAGGAGCUGAAUAUGAAAACAGCAUCUUUGAAGACAAAUACUCAGUGAAAACUAACAGUCGUCUGUUCAUCAGAAAUAUCACCACUGAUGAAUUAGGAGUUUAUUAUUGUGUCAAAACUAGUGAACCACAAAAAUUCAGCAACAGCACCAAAAUCUACAUCAGCGACUUAGUCCACAGGAACCAGACAGAGUCAAAUGGGUGUCCACAACACCAGAAACCAUGGAGAAACCUGACCAUCAUCACAUCUGUCCUGCUGAAUGUGCUUAUGAUCAUCGCAUUAAUAGGUUUGCUGAAGAGAAACAUUAAAGCAACUGGAAGAUCUAAAAAUUACACUGCAGCUAAAAACUCAAAUAAUCUACAGUGUGUUGAAAUUGAUUUUUCCAUGUGUCCUGAAAACACCAGGCUGAUCCAGGAGCAGAGCACGACUGUCUACAGACAAUGUAUGAUGUAA